AUGGCUGGAUGGUCGACUGUUCAAAGGAGCGCAAGAAGUUCGCAUCAGCAAGCCAGCUCAGACGAAAUGGCGGAGAUUCUCCGCGCUUGGGACGACGAAGAUGACGAAAUGGUUGAGUAUCUUCAAAAGUCGAAAGCGAAUGGUGCAAAUCUUUCAAGGAAUGUAAAUGGUGAAGCCACUGCUUCUGGUGUUUCAGCAAGCAAAGGUGUACCAAGGUAUUCUUCUUCAUCUGUACGAGCAGCUAAAACAGUUUGCCUUUACGUUUGUUUCUUCGGCUUGGUAAGUUGCAGCAAAGCUGUAAGUUUUCAGUUAACAAUAUACCAAAAAAAGUGAUAACAGGCUCAUGGACGGCUAGAACCGUUUUAGAGUUAUCCAGAAGCCUCGUUACUAGGGUUCUUGUAGGAGGAAUUCAGAAGGCCACAUUGUCAAGAAAACUGAAAAUCAGUGAUCUGCCACUGACAGCUGCUACUCAGCGAAAACCGCGAUUCACGAACACCUCUAAAAUGUAUACAUAUUGAGACACCUCUUUUUACAGAGUGUCUCUUUUUCCAUUCUCUUCUGUCCUAUCAAAAGGUCGAACAAGAGUAAAAAUUAAAUCAGUACUGAGAAUCAGGAAUGAGGAGAAAAAGUUUAAAGAGAAAAAUAAGAAAUAAAAGAACAUAUAUUUACUCAACAGAAAUUUGAAUCUGAGGUUGUGUGCUUGUAAGGAAAAAAAUGUAUAUACCAUUAGGCCAUGUGAGGAAAAGUCCAAAAUAAUUUUCGCACUGUGUAUAUUCUGCAGAAAACCCCAAGCGGGGGUGGGGGAAGGGAUGCUGGUCUCUGUACCAAUACUUAGGUAUAGUAGUUCAAAACCCUCACCCUGUUUUUAUUUUAGGAUUUUUUUUUCUUUGAAGACAAAAAUCCUAAAAUACAUGCCCUGUUUAGGACAAAGGACAAAAUGCAUGCCGUCUGCAUUUAAAUCCAUUUAUCAGCAAUUGCAAUGCAGCAAAUUUACAUUCUAAUCAUUGCUUUUGUACUUGGAGAACAAACAAAUUUCAUCUAGCAAAUCAAAUUAAUCAUGCCGGGUUUAGGACAGGACUCACAUGAAUUUAUAUACCCUGUUAAGGACAAACUUGCGCGAAACUAUGUACCCUGUUUGGGACAGAUAGGACAAAAACCAUAUACCCCUUCCAGCGGCACAUUCCCAUAUCUGCCAUAAAAGGGAGUACACACCCCGUGGGUAGAAAACACUGUUUAAAGCUGGAUGAAAGAUUAAGCAGGGUGUUAAAAGUAAAAAGCCAAUCUUAAAAACAAAUUUUAUCACAUUUGAAGAUCAUAAUAAUUAUGGCCAACAGAGCCGAUAAAAGUCAGCCGAUCUACAAUUGUAUCUUUACUCCAAUUUCCACUCUUAUUUUGGGGCUUAUGGUCCAAAUAGCUUCCAUUCUCCUUGAAGCUGUACUUUUGCCAUUGAAAUUUAUCCCCAAAAGCAUUUUUGAUUGCUAAAAUGCGCAUCAAACAAGUACAGAGAAAUAUAGCCACCUCCCUAAUAGUUUUCCACACCUAAUUCAAAAUUAAUUAUAACAAAAUUAUAAAUCUACUUAGGUCUCUGGCCAUAGACCGAUUGCAAAUAUGGCGGGGAUUUCACCAAAGCGAGGCUUUUUGGUAGCAACUGUUGCUAGGGGCUAGUUGCCUGUGUUUACCUGUGCCGUUGCUGGAAAGACUGCAGCUUCUCAGGCGUCUUUUCCUUUAAAUUUGACAAAAGUAAGUCAAUUUUCUUCGCUGAAAAAGGUUUCAAUCUAGUAUACACGAUUUGGAUACUGUUUUUCUAUGCUGAAUUGAAAGAUCAACUGACGCACAGCGAUCACAGACAGAGUCAUUUGUACAGCGAUCGCCAUACUUUGACUGCCCGAUAUUUUUCAUUCAUUGUAUUUAAGGUUCACAUCUAAGUCAUCGUGGACCAUUUUAGCUGUUGUCAUUUUAGCUGUUGCUGUGGGAAACUAGAUACAUUAGGCCUACGGCAUGAUUACAAAACCCCAAAGAUCCAGCAACACAGGUGCAGGCCGUGAAGCAAGUACAUCGUAAGGUUGCUCGGUUAAGCGGAUUGCUAUAAUCUUAUUUUAUGUGGGGGUUCACUUUUCCACAGACUUCGGUAGCAAAGGGCUCUGAAAUAAAAGGUUUUGCUCUCUUUGUGAUUCUUGGCACCGACAUUAUGAAGGUAUUGUUCAAAAAAAAAAUUGACACCACCUUCAAACGGCUUCAGUACCAUGUAGUCCGGGGAAUGCUGAAUGUUUUUACCGGAGUUUCGGACAAAUUUCACAAUGGUGUUAUAUGUGAAUGGAGGAAGAUGGUCCAGUACUUUAUCCAUAUUCUUCUCAGAAGGACAAAAUCUAAACUUUUCCUCAUUCUCCCUAACAAGAUCUGAGUAGCUCUUUUUGCUUUGAGCACGAAAUGCAGUGGCGCAUGCGGUCGCUUGAUUAUUUUGAUCAUUUUGCCCACGAUCAUGUGUACACAUUUGAAGUACUUCCUUCACUCUGCACCAAAAAAUCAAUGAGAAACGCUAAUUUUAAACUUGCAAUCACUUAGAAAAAAAUAAUGAGACAAAAGACAAAGGUGCAUUACACAGUUUUCAAGUGUAUUUAAUCAUAUAAAACAGAGGGUUAGAAACGCUGCUUACUUUGUAACAAGUUGGACCUUCACUGCUAAUCCUUUCAGGCUCACUUUCUUCCUAAAAAAGGUGCAUUACACAGUUUUCAAGUGUAUUUAAUCAUAUAAAACAGAGGGUUAGAAACGCUGCUUACUUUGUAACAAGUUGGGCCUUCACUGCUAAUCCUUUCAGGCUCACUUUCUUCCUAAAAAGAAUUUCUUUUAAUUCCUUCACAUGCAUCCUUUCCACAGACCUAUCCAUUAUGAACUUAGUACUGUUCGGUAAAAAGAACAUACGGUGAAACUGAGUCUAAAACAUUUUCAAGAAGUUCCAAGUUCAAAGUUGGAAAUGUAAUAUGAGUUCAUAUAAGUACAUCGCAAUCGUGAUUUUUCCUAUCAUCUACGUUCCGAUUUGUAUAGCAGAGGCAAAGUAAAAAGCACUGACCUUUAUUUUAACACAACGAACUGACAAUGACUUCUUCUUGAAAGUUUUUUAUUGUUUCCAGAGUGAAAAAACAACAAGAUAACAGACUCGCAUUAGCAUAUAAACAAGCGACCAGCCCUUAGCAACGGUUGCUACCGAAAAGCCUCGCUUUGGUGAGAUUGUCGCCAUAUUUGCAAUCGGUCUAUUGCUUAGUAAGGAAUAUAAAUAUAACAGAUAAUUAUUUCUAGAUACUACCAUAUUGUGCUGGAACCACAAUCAAUGAGACAGACAUCUGCUACACUUUUUCUGGUUAAUGUGUUUUUUCAUGCCCAAGAAUGCAAAAUGUUUACACUUCCAGUCAACUUGUGUCUCUCAAAAAUGUUUUUGCUGAAGCUCCCUAAUAAUAAUUAUUUCAAUAAGCCUCAUACAAUUAUUCAAUAUCUCAUAGGGAUCAUGUGUGGCCAUCCUCGGGCCUACGCUUUUGGAGCUGAUGUGCCACACCUCCACCAAACUGGAGCGUAUGUCAUAUGUGUUCACCUCACGUGCAUUUGGUUACCUCACAGGCAGCAUUAUUGGUGGAUGGUUUUAUGAAAAGUAUAAUGGCCAUGUCGUGUUAGCACUGUCCUGUGUGUGGGGCACUCUAAUGAUGAUGGUUUUGCCAUAUGUCACAUCUCUGCUGGGAUUGGUUAUUGUUACUGUGUUGUUGGGAGUGGGCCUUGGAUCUCUCAAUACAGGUACAUACAGGAGACAAUGAAUUCACACUCCAGUUAUUUAGAUGUAAUAUCAGUUUUAGGGCAUAUUCAUGGAGUUCAUACCUGAGCAAUAAUGUGGGUAUAAAACUACAGUAUCAAUGUUAUGGUUCAGUUUUAUCCUCGGUACAAAUUUUCUUUGCCUUUGUUUCAAACUCAUUAAUUAUACAUAAUUACCAUACCCCAAAACAAAGAAAAAUUAUAUUUAAACCAAGUAUAAAAGUGUACCACAUCAUUGUAGUUAUGCAUAAAUUCGUCAACUUGACCUUAGCGCUGCAAGAACUAUUACAGGGUUCACAAAUACGCCAAAAUUGUUCAGAUGACUCCACAGAGGUUACAGAGGGAGUCACUUCGACUCCAAAAAUUUUCGGUAACAAACAGGGAGCCACUUUGACUCCAGAAAUUUUCGGUAACAAACACAGUUUUGUCCUUACCUUUUUCACAACAAAUGCAAUUUACGUUAAUUGUAAACAUUGUAAACCUUAAUUAAAUCAUCAAAAUUAAAGAAUUAUACUGCACAACAAACUAGGAAGAGGGUAAAUUACGAGCAGAGUUUACUCGAUGACCGCCGUCAUGGAUUUGAACUUUCCAGGUCAGCGGACCACCACAGCUACUUCGUGUAUCCCUCACGAUAGUGUAUACAUGCCAGGACCACGUGCUGGAAAGUCUGAAAAUGGCUUUUUUUGUUGUGAUACUUGACUCCAAAUAUUCUAAAAUGACUGCAAAAUUUGUGAAGCAGAAGUCACAGUGACUCCACUCAUCAAUUAAAAUUUGCAAACCCUGACUAUUAGUUGUCUAGGCUUAGUGGAAAGCGAUUAAUAAUUCAUAAUUGUUUUAAAAUUAGGCUUGAGGAGCAGUUAAAUCAGGUUUUCAUUUAUGUAGAAUUGUGUUACACAUGCAUAGUAACAUGCGCGUGUUUAUGUGCAUUUAAAAAAACUGAAUUCUAUUACAUAUGAGUAGAGCAAUGGUGUUUUAAUUGUCACUUGAAGAUAAUUUAGCCCUUUUAAAUACAAGCCUUGUGACUGACCAAGUCACCCUUGCCUUUGGGUUUACAUAAGGCAGUACUGUUAUUAAGGGCCGGAUGCUGGGAAUUUCCCUUGGCUACAAGGAACUUAACCGUGGCUUCAUUUAUAUGAAAAUAGAGAAAAAAUAAAAGAGAAAGAAAUGCAGAGCUGCUUGAUUCCCUGUCUUCUUGUGUGUAUUUUAUUUUAUUAUAUAGAUACUGAUGAAAUACUAGGAUUUUUCCUUUUACUAAAAAAAUCAUAUCUUCAUCGUGCGCAGUGAAGAUACUAUUUUUAUCUUUCACGUGUGAGGAUUCCUUUAUAACUUUAUAUCCAAGUUUCAUAACAUUUUUGUGACAGGCAUUUUGUGAUAGGUGACCACUUUAAUUGCACUAUUUUGCCGUUUCGAAAAUGAUUAAAAAAAAGCUGUGUUUUAUGUAGGAAUUUCAUCAGUAUCUAUAAAAUAAACAGAACAUUACAUGGUCGCUUGGGGAUACGAAUUUUAUCUUCUUGUGCUGAAAGUAUCUCUCACGAGUGAGCAAAGCAAACGAGUGAGAUAAACUCAAAGAUAAAAUUUGUAUCCCCAUGCGGCCAUUUAAUAUCCUCUAUUUAUCCAACAACUUGAAAUAUUAGUGAAUGCCUUGAUGAAGAGUUUCAAACAAAGUUAUUUCGGAGUUGCCUUUGUGCUGACUUAAGAAUGCAGUGUAAGUGUACUGUAGUCAGUGAUUUGUUACCUCUGCGUCCUGCAUCCCUGAUAUAUAAAAUUCCCAAAGUCGCAAAGUAAUUUGUGGUGUGCAUGCAUCCAGUAGAAUGCAAAGAUCGAUUGAUUGAUCUCAAGAUGUUUUUGUAGAAUAUCCUGUGUGUGUGAUUUCUGUGGCUGUUCUUGUGGAUGUCGUUUAACAUCUCAUAUUUCUUUUAGUUUUUGUUGUACUUGACAAUAGAAGGAGUAUAUUUUUAUUUCUAAUCAGUAAACUGUGAUACAGAGUUUUGGAGUCUGUCCUUAGACUGACUGUGUGGUUACAUUAAGACCUGCGGUGACUUGUUAUUUUUCUAACUGGGACUCAAUGGUUUUGGAAAGGGACUCAUGACUUCUGUCAAGUUGAGUCUUAGGAUUCGCCAUAACUAUUUGUAACAAAAUCAUUGGUAGUCUAGUGAACUAUUAGGUGUAAUGUGCUGCCGUGUCAAUGACUGUUCUUAUCUGUGGACAAUAAUUUGUUUUAUUUUUUAUUUUAUUUCAGGUGGAAAUGUACUUCUGCUAAGUACAUGGGGCAAGAAAUCACGGCCAUAUGUGCAAAUUCUCCACUUUGUGUUUGCCCUUGGUGCAUUUUUCGCUCCGCUCAUAGUUCAACCAUUCCUUCAAGAGAGUACCUACCCUUCAAAAAAUGAUACCAAUAGCACUGGCAAUGACAGUAACAGUGUGACAUGGGCUUACUGCAGCAACAGCAGUCAGUGUUUAAGUAACGAGACAUUAAACACCAGAUGUUACUGUUUCAGCACCACCCUCAAUGAAACAGAUGGCAGUACCUUUCCUGUGAUAUGGGCAUACUGGAUCAGCUCAAUUCCUCUUGCUAUUGCUGGUGUUGGAUUCUUAGUCUUUGUUUUCAUCAAAUCAUGCAGCUUACAGGACAAGGAUAACAAGGAUGAGGAUGCUCCAAAGACCAAAGAGGGUAGCUUAAUGUACAGAGUCACCAUUCUGUCACUAUUUUCUGUUUUCCUUCUGCUUUAUGUGGGUCUUGAGGUUGCAUACGCCGGAUAUAUCUUUACCUAUGGUUACACAAGUAAUGAAACAAUGAGCAAGGACAGUUCGGCAUUUUUAACAUCUGGGUUCUGGGGAAGCUUUGCAUUGGCACGGCUUGCAGCAGUGCCCAUCUCAAGGUACCUCAGACCGUCCAAGAUACUGUUUCUAGACUUAAUGGGCUGUGUGUUAGGAUCACUAGUACUUAUUUCACAGAUUAAGGAUGGCGACUGUUGUGCUGCAGACUCGACAAAGCUGUGGGUGGGGACAGUUAUUUUGGGAGUUUCAAUGGCGUCAGUCUUUCCUACUGCUUUGAGCUGGGCAGAGUACUUUUUAACUGUAUCAGGAAGGACAGCAUCUGUUCUUGUGGUGGCCUCCAGCUGUGGUGAGAUGCUGAUUCCGCUGGCUGUGGGUAGUACAAUAGGGAAUAAGGUGGGACCAUGCUCAUUAAUGGCCUGUGCUUUUGUAAUCAGUGUCUUGACAGUUGUCACAUUCCUGUUAAUCUGGGCAACUGGUCGGUACUUUAAGCGCAACAGUGUCUUUGCUGGAAUGCUGUAUCAGCGGAGUCAGAAACAAGAGGAAGGACGAAAAGGACGUCAACCGGAUGAAGUUCUUGAGCUCUUGGAACAAAAUAAUGAAGAGUUUUUCAAUAAUGGUGAUAAAAAUGUAACCAUUUGA